AUGACAACCCAUCCAACCACAAGAUACUUUAUCAAAAGUCUUGGCCCUAAAACCACCUCUGAAAAUCUCCGCAACUUCUUCUCAAAUUAUAGAGAAGUUGAAGAAGCUAAAGUCAUAUUUGACAGGGCCACUGGAAAUAGUAAGGGCUCUGAUUUUGUUACUUUCAAGAUUGUUGAGUCUUUCUUGCUUGCCCUGGAAAACCCCAGCAAUAAAAUUGAUGGAUUUGUUAGCAAUAAAAUUGGUGAAAUUGAAGAAGGGCCUUGGGGGUUUGAUAUGGGGACAAGGAAAUCAAGAGGGUUUGCUUAUCUUUUGUAUAAGAAUGAGGAAAGUGCAAAAGCUGCUUUGGUGGAGAAGCUUUCAAGCUUGCUGUCCACCACCAAGGCAGUGCUUGAAGAUGCAGAGCAGAAGCAAUUCACAGAAAAGGCAAUACAACAGUGGCUUCAGGAGCUCAAUGUUGUUGCCUAUGAAAUCGAUGACAUAUUGGAUGAUUACGCAACUGAAGCCUCAAGAGUCAAGGACAAAAAUUCUGGUUGUUUGAGUUUGAUGUGUUGCCCUGUAGAAGGAAACUUAGUGUUUCGUCACAGGAUUGGGACAAGGAUGAAGGAGAUCCUUGCAAAAUUUAAUGAAAUUGCUGAUAAACAAAAAAUGUUUAAUUUGAGUGAUCAGAAGCGUGGGAGCUAUUUCAAUGCAAGCCGCGAGACUGGAUCCGUGGUAAAUGAGCCUGAAGUUCUUGGAAGGGACGAUGAAAAAAGACAGAUUGUCCGCAUCUUGACGGAAGAAAAAAUUGGAGACGAUCAAAAUGUAUCAGUGCUCCCUAUAGUGGGUGUUGGAGGCCUUGGAAAGACAACACUUGCCCAUUUGGUGUUCAAUGAUGAGCGCAUAGCCAAGCAUUUUGAGCAAAAACUGUGGGUUUGGGUUUCAGAGGAUUUUGAUGGGAAGAGGAUUAUAAAAGCCUUAAUCAAUUCUAUACAACAGACUCCUACUGAAGAAUUAGAAUUGGCUCCUCUCCAAAGAAAUCUUCAAGAGUUAUUGACAGGGAAAAGAUACUUGAUUGGACUGGAAGAUGUCUGGAAUGAGAAUCCACAAGAAUGGGAGGAUUUGAAAUCUGUUCUAGCAUGUGGAUCAAGUGGUAGUUCAAUUGUAGUGACAACUCGUAAGCAAAAGGUUGCUGAAAUAAUGCGCACAUUAGAGACACAUUGUCUACCGAGUUUGUUGGACGAUCAGUGUUGGUCACUAUUUAGGCAAUGGGCAUUUGAUUGUCAGGAGAAGCAAGAAAGACUUGAAUCUAUUGGAACAGAGAUUAUAAAAAAGUGUGGUGGUGUUCCACUAGCUGCAAAUGCUCUUGGAGGCUUUCUACGAUUUAAGUCGGAAGCGGAAUGGAACUCUGUGAAAUGUAGUGAGCUUUGGAACUUACCUGAAGAUGAAACGCAUAUCUUGCCUGCAUUGAGAUUGAGCUACCUUAAUCUUCCGGUAGAGUUGAGAGGUUGCUUUGCAUAUUGUGCAGGAUUUCCCAAGGGCUUUAAAAUUGAAAAAGAAGAGGUAAUACAUCUGUGGAUGGCAAAUGGAUUGAUUUCAUCUAAUGGAACGAUGGAAGUGGAAGAUGUUGAUGAUGUUGUGCUGACUGAACUACAUUAUAGAUCAUUGUUCCAAGCUGUGAAGGAAGAUGAGUUUGGCCAUGUUCUCACUUUUGAGAUGCAUGACCUUGUCCAUGAUCUAGCCCAAUCCGUAAUGGAGGGAAAACACAAUCGAUCAGAAUCAGAUAGGACCAUUAGGCAUCUGAUAUUGGAUUCGCUAGAUGAUCAGCUAACAGUGGCUUUUCCUAUUACAAGAAUGAGAGGCACUGACCAGUACUCUUCUUUCUUGUCAAAAUGUGGUUCCCUAAGGGUGCUCAUUGUAAGGACAGCAUGGUGGGAAAAAAAGUUGACAAAGUUGCCACCUGCAACAAGCAACCUGAAACAUUUAAGACAUCUAAAUCUUUCAGGAUCCGACAUUGAUGAACUACCCAAUUCAAUUUGUGACUUGUGGAAUUUGCAAAUUUUAAACCUAAAUGAUUGUGAAUAUCUUCGGAGCCUACCCAAAGGCAUGAGAUUCCUCAGAAAUCUUCGCCAUCUUUGUCUACACAGGUGCUGGAAUUUGACACACAUGCCAAGUGGAAUUGGGAAGCUAACUUGCCUGCGGACGUUGAGUAUGGUCGUCUUGGGUGGCAAAAGUGGCUUCCAACUAAGUGAGUUGCGAGGCUUAAAUAACCUUUGA